UGAACAUUUUAAGAUAUUAGUGUCCCACUUUACAAUUCCUUACGUGUAAUCCAUCCAUUAACAUUUAAUAUUUAUUUGACCUACGGAUUAUAAAUUUAAUGAGUUCCACAAAUUUUAAUAUAGGAAAAUGAAGAAUUAAUAUUUGUUUCACAAAAAAAAACCUUCCUAAAAAGGAAAUAAAUCAACAAUUGUAGUCAAUUCAGUAACAAAACGCACACUCAACACACUUUCCCACUCACAACAAACUAAGACAUGCACAUAUAACCCUUAAACGUGAUCUCCUAACAUUUCAACCCCUUCAUUUUCUCAACAACCAAACAAUUCACCCUUCACUUUAGCUAGCUUCCCCACCUCCACCAAAAAUGGACCCUCUAAUCCAAUCUCCGCCACUCCAACAACCCCUCGCCACCGGAAUAAGUCACGUAAACAUCCCAGUCGAGUCCUUACCAUCGCGUAACACAACCAACGAAAAACGUUACAUGGUGUUAUUAGCCAUAAACUACAUGUCCCUCUUUGUAGGAUCUUUAGCCUCCUCACUUUUGGCUAAGUUUUACUUCAUCCACAAUGGCUCUAGCCGUUGGGUCUCUACAUUGAUCCAAUCCGUUGGCUUUCCCAUCCUUAUUCUCCCCAUUUUAAUCCCUUACUUCUUUAAUUUAACCUCAAGAAAACCCUUCAAAAAAUUUACCAUUAAAUUAUUUAUCUUCUCAAUAUUAAUUGGCCUUUUAACAGGCUUAAGUAAUUUCUUAAUUUCAUGGGGUACUUCUUAUUUGCCUGUUUCGACGUCUUCUUUGCUUUUAUCAACUCAAAUGGUGUUCACAUUAAUCUCUACUUCACUCAUUGUUAAGCAAAAGAUCACAUUUAACAACCUAAAUUGUGUCAUCUUAUUGACAAUAAGCUCAGUUUUAUUGGCUGUAAUUUCGAACCAUGACCGCCCGGCGGGUAUAACCAAGGGCAUGUAUUUUGUUGGGUAUUUUUGUACAAUUGGUGCUGGUUUGCUCUUUGCUCUUUAUCUUCCCCUCUUGGAGAAAAUAUAUAGGGAAGUGUAUUGCUACGCUAUGGUGAUGGAGAUGCAACUAGUGGUGCAGAUGGCAGCAACGGUGUUCGCCGUCAUAGGAAUGGCAUCUGGUGGUGGUUUCCGCGAGAUGAGCAGAGAAAGUGAAAGUGUAUUCGACCUAGGCCCUAGGAUGUACUGGCUAACGAUAACGGCUAACGUAAUUAGUUGGCAAUUGUGCUUCUUAGGCACGGCGGGGAUGGUGUUCUUAACCACGUCGUUCACUGGUGGCGUGUGCAGUACUGCCCUUCUAGCGAUGAAUGUCCUGGGUGGGGUCAUCGUAUAUGGGGAUCACUUCGGCGGGGUUAAGGCCGUGUCCACUGUGCUUUGUAUGUGGGGGUUUUGCUCUUAUGUGUAUGGCUUGUUUAUGGACAGGAAAAAAGAUAAGGAAAAGGUAGGGGAUUGUGAGAAGAUCGUAUUGCUUACAACAUCAUCAGGAAGUUAAUUAGAUCAACAAAUUUAUAUAAAAUUUACAAAACAUCUCGUGUAAUGCAAAUUUGCAAAUGAUAUACUAUCUCGAUCUGUUCAGUUUUAGUUGCAAACUUGAGUGUUUAAUUUUGUUUUCCACGGCUUUUUCAUCACUCUUGAGAGGAAAAGUGCGAAAAAUAAAAUAGUUAAAAUAUAACUAAUUGUUUUCGCAUAUUUCAUUUUCCUCACUUUUCCAUUUAAAUUACCAAAUAAGCUAAAAUUAAGGAAUUCCCAUACUUCCGUAAUUUCAAUUAUAUAACGGACCUUGAUAGACCUAAAUAAUAUAACAAAUUUGCAUUUUUAUCAUUGAUUAUAUUAAUAAGAAUUGUACAACAAUAUUUGCGAGAUCUCAUAUCUCUCACUUAUCUCUUUGGUAGAACCCUUAUUUCUACCCUCAUA